GACUGGGCCAGCUGCAGUAGUAGCGUUACUUGUCUAUCCAUCGUUUACCUACAGCUGGCUAGCUAGCUGCCGUUCUUAGGAAUUAAACAUUAGAUUGUCACUGUACUCGUGUACUGUGAACUGAAUAAAUUGUCUAUAUAUUCAACAAUGGCAAAGCCUUGCAGACAUUUUGACAUUACCCGGCUUUUUGUUCCUGUUAGAUGUCAGGGGUAACGUUAGCUAGCUAGCUAGUUAGCUUGGAACUUGCUAAUGGUAACAGCAUUGCCAGCCUAUAGUUUGUAGGGCUAACGUUAGUAGUUUAGCAAAGAUAACAAGCUUAAUUUGCAUCCUCUCCUCCCAGACAUGGGGAUAAUAUUUACUAAGUUGUGGAGGCUGUUUAACCAUCAAGAGCACAAAGUUAUCAUUGUGGGCCUGGACAAUGCAGGGAAGACCACCAUUCUCUACCAGUUUUCUAUGAACGAGGUGGUGCACACAUCCCCCACAAUAGGCAGCAAUGUGGAGGAGAUAGUUGUCAACAACACUCACUUCCUCAUGUGGGACAUAGGUGGACAGGAGUCGCUUCGGUCCUCCUGGAACACCUACUACACCAACACAGAGUUUGUUAUAGUGGUGGUGGACAGCACAGACCGAGAGAGGAUCUCCGUCACCAAAGAGGAGCUGUACAGAAUGCUUGCUCAUGAAGACCUGAAGAAGGCUGGCCUGCUGGUAUUUGCCAAUAAACAGGAUGUGAAAGGCUGCAUGUCUGUAGCAGGGAUCUCCCAGAGUCUACAGCUCACCUCAGUCAAAGACCACCAGUGGCACAUCCAGGCCUGCUGUGCCCUCACAGGGGAGGGUUUGUGCCAGGGCCUUGAGUGGAUGAUGUCACGACUUCGGGUGAGAUGACCACUGACCUGAACCAAUGAAGUGGUUUUUUGUUUCUACUCCUCCAUGACGGACGGACUGACGGGGGGCACUUGUGUGGUUGGUUGAUGGAUGCCCUCUGACACUGACCUGGCAAGAAAAGACCUGCCAGAAAAACAUUUUUUGGGGUGUUUUUAUUUAUUACACAACAAUUCUUCAGACUUCUCUGAACUGUGAACAAAAACUUUUCAAUUUCAGAACCUCAAAGACUGAUGUGUAUUUAAUUUUUUGCACGGUUCUCUUAUAAAGCUACAUGAAAGUGGGCUGGGUCUGAUUGGCUGGUGUGGGAAAAUGAGGUCUUUAGUUGUGUGAGAAAGGGAUCCUGCCCAGUGUGGCCUUGCAGUAUUGCCGGACUGCUUGUGGUGGUGUUUAACAUCACCCCUGUGUGUACAGCCCAGUAUUUACAGUAACUUUGUGCCUGCCUCAGAUUCCCCAAGCGAUGGUUGAAAAUAGAGUCAAUGUAGGGGGAACACCCAACUCAGCCCAUUAUUAUACAAAGUGAAAUAAAGGGUUUUUAUCUGUU